UGUGAAAAUAUUUGUGUCAUAUGUAAGAGUAUCCUGGGCUGCAGUCCUGAGAGUCUCCUCAAUCAGACGGCAACUCUGGAGCUAGUGCAGAUAUUUUCUGAGCCUUCACAAAGUUUGGGUCUUGAAAUAAAAUCCACUUCUUCAGGACAGCAUUUUGUUGGCCAAACAACACCAGAGUCUCCAGCCAGACAGUGUGAACACAUUCUUCCAGGAGAUGAGAUUAUUAAAGUGAAUGAUCAAGUUGUGGUUGGCUGGACUCAAAAAAAUCUUGUGUGUAAACUCCAGGAGAAAACAAAUUGUAUGACUCUUAUUUUAAAGAAAGUUUCAGUCUCCCCCAAAUCUCUUGUGGCUCCAGAGAAAAGAAAAACACAUGAAACAAGCUCAUCAUCGUUGAGUGACCGUUCCACUUCUUCACAUGCAAGUCAUGUUCCUGCUUCGCCUAAUGAGCGUGUACCUGACCUCUUAUUGAACGGCAAGGUUCCACGCCAUGAAUGUCCUGGAUGGCGUAAACAAAGGUUCUGGGAUGGGAGGGGGCAUGUCAAUGGCAUUGCAGACAGGCCUUCCACCCGCAGUGUGAUCACCCGCUUCGGAAUGCGUGGUACCGCAGUGCCCUGCAUUCCACUGUGGUGUGAUCGCCUGCUUGAACCUCCUUCUGCCAACAUGAGGCCCGCAAUAUCUGACAGUAGUUUAUCAAAGAAAACAGAUGCUGUAGUUUCUCAACAGAGCACGAGACUAGAAGCUUCCUCCCACAAUUCAAAGGAGAGAUCAAAGAGCCCCAAAACUGAGAGAAAGCUGCAAACUUCAGACCCUGACAAGCACUCCCAUUUUCAUAAACAGACUCCAGGCCAACCUCCCCGAAAUCAAAGAGUAACUAAGCUAAGCCGCAGGCGAGUGUCUUGUCGGGACUUAGGAAAUCCAGAUUGUGAUGGCUGGCUGUGGAAGAGGAAAGAAAAUGUCAGUUUCAUGUCCCAGAAAUGGAAACACUGCUACUGUGUUCUAAAGAAAGAUAAAUUGUAUUGGUACAACGGACCUCAGGAUGAGAAAGCUGAGGGAAUGUUAAAUCUUUCUGCAUAUUAUUUAGAGCGCCCAUUGGAUUCAAAGUACAAAAAGAAAUAUGAAUUUCAGCUUACUCAACAGACGUUCAAGCCAUUUGUGUUUGCUGCAGAUAAUCUGACAGAUAUGAACAAGUGGGUGAACUGUCUGGUUAAAACACUGCAGAAAUAUAAAACGCAAGCAAACUCCAGUCAUUCACGAGAAGAAGAUUGUUACAGUGAAACUGAGGCAGAGGAUGAGGAGCACUCCAAAACUCAAGAUGUGGUAAAGAAACAAGCUGUGCAAUCGCCAGUGAAGAAGGAAACACCAGGGGCAAGUCCAGUCUCCACAAAGGGAAAGGGGGCAGAAGGUGUACAGAUGCCAACUGUUAGCAGUACCCAACCUCAAGGUGAUGAUCUUGAGUUAAUGAUGACUUGUCUAAAACAAGGAGGGGUGUCACUCAUUGGUAAAAAGACUGCAAUGACUCGAGAUGAAUACCGUAAAUCCUUCAUCAAACGAAAUAAAAAUCCAGAAAUAAAUUACAAAGUGCACGCCCUGCGUGUUCUACAAAGUACACUAAAAGCAAAGCUACACGAACUUGAAGCACUUAACCAAAUCCUGGAGCAUCCUAACUUGCACUCAACUGUAUUCCAGAAAUGGAAGUCUGAACAUGACCAGCUGUAUGGCGGUAUAGAAAAGGGCUCACAGGCGGCUGCAGAGAAUGCAGAAGGGAGUAAUGACAAAAACAAGCAAGACAGUGAUGAAAGUGAAGCAAGUGACUAAAUACCAGUUUUAUGGCAUAUACUUCACACUUUCUGUGAUUUUAUAAUGACACCACUGAGUAGU